GUCACGCGCGGCGCCGUGUGCGCGGUGCGGGGCGUUUAACGCGAGUGGCGGCCGGGCCGCCAUCUUGGAUGCUCCCGCCGCGGAGCGCGGGGUCGCGGCCGGGCGCUGCCCGCCCCCGGCGGGGCUGCGGGGACAGCGCCGGGACCGGGGCCGCGUCCCGCGGGCGGGCGGGCUCUCCGGGGCACCGUGACACGUAGCGCCGCGGCUGGCUCUGAGCUGCCGGCCGUCACGGUGCGGGACGCGGUGCGGUGCGGGGGAGAACAAAUAAAGUGCCGAAAUGCCUCCAACACGCCGUGCUCCUCCGUGCGUGGUCGCGCGGCCGCGGUUCCGCUGGCUCCGCGGUGAGGGUACGGCCGCGGUACCUCCGUGUCUGAGCGCCGGCAGCUCCGCUCGGCUGUUGUGUCACUGUAGUACACCACACAGCGGGUCAGAUAACCAGGAUCGAAUGAGAACGUCAGUCUAAAAAUAAGUGAACAGCAGCAAUGCACGCAUUUUGUCCAAGCUGUAUAAAAUAUGCAAUUGGUGUAUCUAAAUAAAUUUGACAAGUCUAAGUUAAUUUUAAGUAUCUUUUUAGCUUUAUCAUGAGGGAAUUACCCAUUUUAAUCUGAUAAACAUAUUACCUAAAGAGAUUUGUGUCAUUUACUUGGUUCUCUCUUAGCAGCCGGUUAGCUUGUUAGUGAUGGCGAGUAAAUGAUGUACGAUGAUCUUGCAGUGAUGGGACAAAACAGUAGUGCAUGCUAUACAGAUUUGUUUACAGACUUGACUCCUUUUCCUUAUGUAACUGGUCUUGCUGUUCUUUUUAAAUAGGCCGUUCACAGGGCUGUGGGUUUUUUUCCCACCUGUUUUGGAAUUUCCCAUCUUGCAUAGAAAUUGCAAGUAUGGAGAAGUGUCCUGUCAUGGACAAGUCAUCGGAUACUAAGAAAAUAAUUACAGCUGAAUUUGGUCACAGUUAAGUUAAAUGUAGUUGUGUAUACUUUUAGUGAUAUCUGUAUAUAACAUUGUAGUGAAGUGCAAUAGUGCAUGUUUACUCUUUGACUGAUACCCGUAUGCUUCACUUUUUUUUUUAAACACACUACUGAAAAGAAAAACCGAAACUCAAACAAACAAACAAACAAAAAACCCCUUAAGACUUCAGAGGAGGUAAUACUGACAAACUUGUUUGAAAAAUUAUUUGUAAUAUAUGCAGCUAAGCCAUAAUUCUUCAAAGGAUGAUGAUUUCUUUUCCCCUUUGGUAUAAGAGUAGUAAGGAUUAAUGUUGAAUUAAAUUAUGACCUAAAUUAUUAAUACACCAGGAAGUCAAGCUUCCUUUGCUGUAGUCAAAUGAAUCAUGUAUGUAAUGGCAAAGGUAGUGAUUAUGUCUGAUGUUUGUCCCUUGCAGUAGUUACAAAAAUGCAGCUGUACUGAAAACUCUGCAUAUGUGUGUAUUACAAAAUUCUACUCUGAUCAUUUUAAAAUACAUUCUGUAAAGGACAUGUGCUGCUGUCUCACUUUUAUCAAAACUUUAAAAAAUAAUUAAUCUGAAAAUUUAUUAGGUGGCAUGUACUGAGAAUUUCAUGAGAGGGCAUACAGAAGGAAGAAGGAAACCCCACAUGCUGUCCCUCCUAGGCCUGAACAGCUGCAGUCUAGGCCAUUUGCAGGAUGCAGUGGCAGGUCACACGCAGUGUUUCAUAUUGCAUCGCCGAGCACAGAAGUGAAUUUUAAAGCCCAAGCGGUUAAGCCAUUUGUUCCUCCUCUUUUUGUGCUUUGUAACCCCGUGGCAGCGUUUUGUUUGGGCGGCAGCUGAAGCCCGCGGCGCCAGCGCGACCCUCGGGCGGAGAGGCGGGAGCGCCGCGCGUCGCUCCGAGCAGGGCGCUGGGCCGGGGGGCGGCUUCCAAAGGAGCGCUUUUCCCUGGGCAGCUUCCAAAGGAGCGCUUUUCCCUGGGCGGGCAGCCGCGCAUCCCCCGCGGAGCCCGAGGUGUGGCCGUGCCGGCCCGUGGGGAUCGAGGGGCCCGAGGGGCGGCCGUGCCGGCCCGUGGGGAUCGAGGGGCCCGAGCGGUGGCCGUGCCGGCCCGAGGGGAUCGAGGGGCCCGAGGUGUGGCCGUGCCGGCCCGUUCUCCGCGGGCGCGGCGCUGUCCGCGGUGCUGAAGCCCGCGGCCAUGUUCCCGCCGGGCCCGCUGCCCCCGCGGCUCUCGGGCCGCGGCACGGGAGCGCUCUCACGCAGGGCCUUUAUGUAGCACGCUGUAUCGCACCGGUGUCGGAUGCUGACAGCAAAAUCGAUGGCAAAUACUACAGCGCUUUCUCCUUCCGAACACGAGCUCUCCCAGCAGCGCAGAUUUUUUUGUAGCCAACUUGGGAAGCUUAACGUUACCUAUGUGAAAUGGAAGUGUGCGGAUGAAUCCAGCAACUAGACAAGAACUUGGUAUUCGCUAUUUUUAACCACGGGUUCAGUUUAUGAAAGGACGUUCUGAAAGUGAAUAUCAAAACAGCGUGUCAUCACUGGGAACGAAAUAACCACUCAUGGCACAGGGAAGCUUCAGGAGAAAGCAGGUAUCCAUUAGCAGCAAGGCAAACACAGGCAUAGGGUUUUCUCCUUUUUUCCUCUGUUUGAAAAAGACAAAUUUAGAAAGGUGUGCUGUCUAGAUCUUUUUUCCAAAUUCACUUUAAUGUGCUGCAACAUCUCCACUACAUGAAAAAAAAAUUAAAAGCUUUUUUUCAUCUCAGAGACAAGCAUUCAUUUUCUGUAAUUGCACACUGGAUGUUUCAAAUACAGUUGCACAAUAAAAAGCAAAUAUGCUCCUCUGGUGUGAUGUGUAGAGGCUGACAAAAAAAGAAGACAAAACCAACAUGGUGUGUUUCAUAUGGGAGGAUAACACUUUUAAAAAUAUACAUUCUGCUUCUAAAAAUAGAAUGAAUUGAUAUGCAGAAUGAAUUGACCUUCAAAUUAAAGGUCAGAGGUGACAAACCAGGACAAAGGUCAUGCAGCUCAUUUUCAAGCAAUCAGUUUCUAGUUUUUUUCAUAGUUGAACAAUAGCUUAAUUAUAUAGAAGACCAAGGACUGUAGUAUUUAACUAGUCAGUUCUAGCUGAGAAAUAGAAGUACACAAUUUUACACAAUUCCCUAUUUUAUUGAAUGUAGUUCUGUUAGGGAAUUAUUUGUGCUGUUACUGAUGCAAAAAUGUGUCUGUCUUAUUUUAAAAUAUUUAAAUAUAUUUCUUAAGUUAACAUGUAAUAAUCCACCAUCUGUAUUUAAUAUUACUGCUUCAGAGAUGAGAGGGCUGUGUAGCCAUUUUCUGAUUUUUCAGUGAUUAUAGCCAAAAAAAUAAAUUCUGCUUGUGCUAUUGUUUCAAUAAAGUUAGAUUGCAGGUCCAUUCAUUUUGGCAUUCAUGCACAUACUUAUCAUUUCCAGUGAACCACUUUCCCAUAAUCCUACUUCCAGUCUGCAGCAUUCUGUAUGUCCAUAUGAAGUAAUUAGACAGAUCUAAUACCCGACUGUAACUAAAAUUAUUAUUUUGUUAUAUGCACUAAGAUUCAGUGUUCUAACAAUUUGAAGGUAUUUGUUCAGUGUUUCUAUCAGUCAUAUCACAUUUAGACUGAACCAAACUUUCAUAAAUAUUCUGAAGGUAUUCAACAAAUAUUUUAUAGGCUGACCAUAUGCAGUAAUGAAAUACCUAAGAAUAACUACUAGAAAUUUGACUGUUAAAAUGUGUACACACUAAUAAUUUUGUAUGACAUAUUGGGUUUUUGCCUUUUUUUCAGGUACUUUAUAUCCUGUACCUACUUCAGCUACUGAUGUAUACAUUGUUUCUAAAGUUUUCAUAUUUUCUUUUAGAGAUUGUGAAUUUUAGUUAUAUAUCACUGAUGUUCUUGUUUACUUUUUUUUCUGGUUUGAAUUAAUAACCUAUCUCCACUAAAGUUUAUAAAAAAUGACUAUUGCAUUACUUUAUUUGUUUGGUUGUUUUAAACAAUGACUCAGUUAGAAGCCAUUGACAUACGGGACUGAUGUCCACUCCAUUUGAAAUAGGAAAGAUGUGCCCUGAACUGUCCACUUUUCUAGGAAAGUGAAUAUUGGUGUUUGAAAUACAGACACUCAUCUGCUCUUUACAAUGUUUGAUUAUUUUAAUGAACAAUAUCCAUAUCAGUACUUGAUUAAGCGUAUUACAAAAUACAAAUCAUGAUAAAAUCCAUCAUUAGUAGUGCUCUCAAGUAAUAAUUAAGUGAUUAAAAAACCCAGUAAAAAUGAAGAAAAUAGUCUGUGGUUUGUAGGUAAAUAGCACAUGCAAAUAAAACAAAAGUUCUGUGCAAAGGAAAAGAUAUGUGAAGGUGUGUAAAUUCCAUCGAAACAAGUAUUCAUGUAAAACAUCUCAGAAAGAAGGUCUGAACAAACCAUGCUAAAAUUCUUAUAAAAGUAAAUAAAAAUUACUCAUUUUUAAAAUAAAACUUAUAGUGCCAUCACUUUUGACAGGAUGAUAUUAAAAUCCUAUUUGGCUGCAGUAUUUUUAUAACCUAGGUGAAAGUUGUACGUUAUACAAAUACUGAAUUUAACUUGUCAUAAGAUUCGUUCUUAAUUUGACCUUUAGCAGGUUUGUUUUUUUCCUCAGUACUUCAUUUGGUGUUGUUUUGUUUGCAAAUAGUUAGCAAGUGGGGAAAUAAAAUCUUACUCUCUAUAUGUAGUUUCUCACAGAAAUAAAUAACAAAAUAAAUCAGUGAUCAAGCUCUGAAAAAUGUUACCUGGUUAUGAUUUGAGAAUUAGGGCUUUUAAAGUUCUUUUCCUUAGAAAAUACUGAUAUUAAGUAAUUUAAGAAGUACAAAGAAAAAUCCAUCAGAAAACAUAUAAUAAGAUCACAAGGUAGUUUUCUCAUUGUUUCAUUUGCUGUAUAGCAAAUCAAUGUGUAGCAAUUUCAAAUGCUCUUGCUAACAGUAAACUGGAAACUAAAUACUUUAAAUAUGUAAGAAAUAGAACAGUAGCGAUUCCUUUUUACAUUGUGUGUUAAAAAAAUUCAUCUUUGAAUCACAAAAUAUUGUUUGAAACUUACCUGGUUUACAUUGCUUUUUAUUAAAUAAUUAUGAUCAUUAUAUGUAUAUUCAAAUACAGACCAUAAGAAAUUGCAUAUUUUACUAAAUCAAAUACAAUAAAUAUGAAAAUUGUAUAUAAUUAAUUUCAAUCCUUUAAACAAAAAUAACCUUGUUUAGCAUAUUCUUUUGUUAUGUAUUAUUAACAUUUUAAACUAAAUAAAUGGUUAAUAGUUUUUAUUGCUUAAACAAUUGUCAGUAUAGUAGUAGCAUUUAAUUUUGAGGAGAAACUCUGAUCCUAGAAUUGUCAGUCUUUCAUUCUGAUAUUGUGUGGAGUUCUUCAUCCUUUUUAUUGCCCAAAAGAAUCAGAUUCUGAACAAUGGUGGAAGCACAUUCUGCCUUUCUUUAUUCCAGUUCUCACUGUAGUCAAAUGACAUUCUUACACAUAAUUAAAAGGUGUAUAACUGAAUGUUUGUUUGUUUGUUCAUUUCCUAAAAACUAAGAUAUGCUUAGCCUCUUCCAUAUCAGAAAGAAACCCAUAUCUGGGCUAUUGCCUAGCUGUGUUAUUUACCUGAAGCUGUAGUUACCCUCCUUCAGAUCAGUGACAAAAGUGAGUGAAAGUAGAAAAGAAAGCUAAGUUUUCAUUUGCUAGUUUUCAAUAAUUUUCUUAAAUCAGCAUUGUGAAAGUAUUUGUAAAUAUCUGACACAUGCUUGCUUUCACCUUCAUAUGCUAGAAAAAUACUGUAAUUGUGUAUAAACAGAAGUAGGGAAGAAAAGCAAAUAAAAUGAUGGCUAAACAAAGAAUAAAAUUAUGAGAGCUUUCAACUUUAUCCACCCUGUCAUUGCAUAAGGACAUUAACACUUGAGUGUACUUUUUCAGGAAAUCUUAAUUUUUGUUAUAUAUGCAUUUCAAAGUAACUACAUUGAACUGAAUUAAAUUAAAAGGGGAAAAAAGAGUUUAAACAAUGAAAACAUCUGAGGAGGAAAUCCAAUAUUUAGAAUUGCACAUUGAGGAAUCUGUGUAAAACAUGUAAAUUCAGAGUGCCAGACAACACUCAUUUGUGAGGUUUGAAAUCAAAAUACUGUGUGCAUAAUGUUUCUAUCCACAGUCAAGAACAGUAAAUAAGGUUAAUUUUUACUGAUUGGUUCAAGUGACACCAGAGUUUGUUAAUAUAUCUGACUGGUGUGUAUGUGUAUAUAGAUACAUUUUAAAAGCUCAUGUUUUAUGCUCUUACUAUGCUUAGGUUCUGUUCACCUAAGUUUUAAAUUUUUUUUGUAUACUCUGCAGCAUUCAUCCAUUAAGUCUUCACUCCUGAUGAGUUAACUGAAAGAAGAUCCUUUCAACACUGGAAUGUUUUCCCCUAUUCCUUUGCAUCACUAUAUUCCUUGUUUGUUAUAAAAUAAAGGAUUGGUGGGUUUUGUUUUCUAGUUCUUCUACUCUCUAAUCAUACUUACAGUACUCAGCAUUCUUAAAAAAAAUACUGCUGUCUUUACUCUGGAAGAAAACAGUCCCUUGGCUACUACUGUGAAAAAAACAAGUUUAAGAUUAAUUUUUCUUUUCAACUUACUUUUGGAGGAAAGCAUAUAUCUUACUUAAGUGGAGUAACUAUUUAUGUCUGCUUUACUUUCUUCCAAACAAUGUUUCUAACUCCUUUGGCAGCAAACCUGCUUAAGGUAAUGAAUUCAAAACAAUCCAUAUCUCAGAGAAUUAAUUUUAAAUAGAUACAAACUUGCUGUUAUUUUUUACUGAUCAAUAAGUUGUCAAAAAUAGAUUACAUAAGCUGUAAAUUUAGUUGAAUUACAGAAUGUGCUACUUGUAAGGGAAAGUGGAUUACCUUUUUUGGGUGUUUGUCAGUGUGCCUUUAACUAUACUGCACUUUUCAUUGUAUUUCCUAUCCAGCAAUAAUUCCAUAUGGUGUUCUCCUGCAUUAUUUUUCAUGCUUACUUUUACAGUAUCCUUCCACAUGCUGUGAACGCCUAGUUAAAAUAGGGAUUGCUUUCAAAGCUAGUGACUUUUUCGCUGGAAACAUCUUGCUGUCUAGUACACAAUUCCUCAGCAGCAUUUAUUUACUUACUUGCAGUUACAAAGUUCAUGUAAAUGCCAAGAUAGUUUCAGAAGUAAAAUGCCAAAAUAAUUAUUUGCUUGUACAGCAUAAGCAGGCACAGGAGAGUUCAGCAUGACCCAUUUCAUAGCCCAAAGCUGCUUCCAUUUAAAUCAGAGGCUGAUUUUGUAUGUCUUUCAGUAGGCUACGGUAAAAUACAUGCCAGAAUAGUUUCUCAUUUAAACUAUCUAUUUAAAUGAGUUCAUAGAAUUCAAAUGUCCAGGCUCUUCUACACGAAUACAUUUUAUGUCAAGCUUUAAGUAUUGUAUCAGGAAGCUUUUUGUAAUAACUAUAAAAUAUAUAUAUAUAUACAUUUUUCUGCUUAAUAAUCUGUGACUCUCUGGAAUAUGUGAUGCCUUUAAAAUGUGUUACAAAAUUACAGUACUAGAAACAAUAAUUACUUGAACUUGUCCUGUUUUCUGCCACAGUUUUUUAAGAACCGUACUUUCCUCCUUUGAAUCCCAGCACCACUCCCCCAAAUACUUAUUUUUAAUCCCUUCAUAAACUGAAGCAGGCUAUGUUCCAAAGCCAGGGACGGAUCCUUUGCUCUAUGCUUGCAUAUUUCAUUAUGUUGCAUAAAUAAUGCAAGUAAAUCUGAAAGACACAAAAGCCACAUAGCCACAGGUUGGCAGAACAAAGAAGCAGAUACAAGAGAUUGGGCUUCAGUGCUUGAAGGUGUAAAAGCAGAGUUAGGUUUAGUACUAGACAAAAGUCCUCACGAUUCCAUUGGAAAACUUAGAUACUACAAAAGAAGAGGAACUGAGUCAGCUUGCCAGUGUUGUUGCACUGUAAAGAAAGAUUGUACCAUCCCCUUUUCCAAUUUCUGACAUUGGAAAGGAUUCAGGAUAUUUGACUGUAAGGGAAAAGUUAGCGAAAAUUGGUUCUAAUUUGUUUUUGUUCAUUCUUCUACUGACUUUGCUCACUCCUAGUAGGAUAUCAAAUUUUAUUUUUUGGUUUUUAUUAAGAGAGCAGGAUAGCUGUCCCGAUGUCCUCUUAAAUUGGAAAAAAGACAGAACUCAGAUUUCUCUAAAACAGAAGAGAAACGGGUUUAUAUCUAAACAGGUUGAUACUAGAAUUCCUUGUUUCUUUUUGAAGGGGUUUCAGUUAACAUAGAUUAUUCAAAAAGACAGUAGAGGGUGACAGGAGGACAGGCUUGUGGCAGGUGAGUUUGUGCAUGCUCCUAUCUAUUCAUCCUUCAUUUGUUAAGCAAACUGGACAACCUAAGUAACAGGAAUACUCCAAAACCAAGGUAUUUUCCUUAAUGCUUCAUGCCAUCUGCAGCAGGUUUUUUCUGUGUGAUAUUUUUGUUGACAUUAUACAAAAUAAGCCAGGCCUUUUUCAACUAGAGCAAAAGUACACCUUUUAUGAAGUUUCGGUCAAGUCACACGUCUGUAUUUGUAUGACUGAUUGAUUUUGUUUAGAUUGAGACCUAGAAUUUCAUAUUAUUACAUACUAUGCUCUGCAGUUUUGUAAGUCAUAACUAAAAGCAUUUUUCUGUUGAUACUCAUAAGUGGGCAUUGAGUUACUAUUUUGACCAUGAAAGAAUCCUGGAGAAUUAUUUUUCUUGGCUUUUCUUAAAUCAUAUACAAGAUAUGACUUGAUUGUUUAAUAUGUACAAUUUAAGCAUAGUAAAGACAACAUACUAGUUCUUAGGUUACCUACUGCAAUUAAAUAUUGAUAAAGGAAAACAACACCUUCCAAUAUUCUGCAAAUCUGUGUCUUUUCCCUUUUGUCAUCAAUUGUGUAGCUUUCAUAAGAGACUAAUGAAAGGGGCAAUGCUUUUACUGAUGCUGGGUGGUGGGGGGAAAAGCAGCACUUGAUUUUUUUCUCUUCCGCCUUGGUUAUCUCACUGUGGUUCUGAUGAGCUAGGUAAGUCUCAAACAGUAGGUUUACAGGUCACUUCAUAGAGGCAAUGCCCUGGCAUUUUAUGGCCUCCUAAUGAGCCGUUAAACUGCAGAUGAGGUAAUUAAAUACGGUACUCCGGGACAGUGAACGCGGUACUGACUCCCGCUCUCUGAUUUUAGGUUCCUCAGAAGACGAUGAGGUCAUUCAAGAAGGUCUCCUCAGGCUCAGGGGCGAGUAAAGGUGGAGACGAACCCGGGAAGUUGCCGGAGCAGGAGGAAGAAGAGGAAUCCCAGGUUUUGCACGGAACCGGCCAUUGCAAAUGGUUCAAUGUGAGAAUGGGAUUCGGGUUCAUCUCCAUGAGCAACCGAGAGGGAAGCCCCUUGGAGUCUCCAGUUGAUGUCUUUGUACACCAAAGCAAGCUUUACAUGGAAGGAUUUAGAAGCCUAAAAGAAGGAGAACCUGUGGAAUUUACUUUUAAGAAAUCUUCCAAAGGCCUUGAAUCAAUACGGGUAACAGGCCCUGGUGGGAGCCCCUGUUUAGGAAGCGAACGACGACCCAAAGGGAAGACAGUACAAAAAAGAAAACCAAAGGGAGAUAGAUGCUACAACUGUGGCGGCCUCGACCACCACGCUAAAGAAUGUAGUCUACCUCCGCAGCCAAAGAAGUGCCAUUACUGUCAGAGCAUCAUGCACAUGGUGGCAAACUGCCCCCAUAAAACUGUCUCGCAGCAGCCCACUAGUUCUCAGGGAAGACACGAAGCCGAACCGCAGCCUUCCACUUCUGCCUUCCUGAGAGAAGGGGGAGGAACGCACGGCUUCUCGUCUCCGUCGUACUCUCAGGAAGGCAGGUCGGAGAUGUCGGAGCGCUCGGGCAGGUCACCGCAGGAAGUGUCGUCGAGUAAGUUGUCUGUGUCGCCUGAAGAACCAAACAGAAAGGGGCCUUCCGUUCAGAAAAGGAAAAAAACUUAAUGCAUUUUUCAUAACGUUCCGUUUUCUUUACCCUCUUGGGAUGUCUACCUCAUGCAAGUACAGGGGAAAUAAUUCAUUAUCAGUAGCUGACCUGGAAUUUUAACUACUGUUGAGGAACUGUGAAUGUUUUGUUGUUUUGUGGGGUUUUUUUUUGUUUGUUUUUUUUUUUUCUUUGAUAGACAAAUCACUCCAAACAAAAUACAUUUGAGCAGGGUGCAUUAUGUUUUACUUUCUGUGUGUAUGUGUGAGUGUGCAUGCGUGUGUGUGUAUGUGUACAUAUCUAUAAAUAUAUAUUUUUCCAUCAGACCAUUCUCCAGAUCCCACCAGACAUUACUGUGGAGCAAAAGUCACAGUACCCAAUGUUCCUGAACUCAUUCCUAGAACCUGUUUCCAAACGUGUUCAGAAAGCAAACAAGAAAACCCAAUUUUCUGCAAUUUCACUCAGAAACAAACCAAACCUGAUAAACCACACAAAGAACUGAGAUCAAGACUGUUACGUCUCUUGUGAACCAAAGGAUACUUUCAUAUUUUAAAGCUGCCAUAUGGUACUAAAGAUACUAAGACAUCCCCCGUACCAUCCAUUUGAAUUAGUUCCUUUUUCAUCUCCACAAAGUAUCAAAACCCCUCCCCAUGCCAGUGCAGGGCAGUUUCAUGACUCUAGACGACUCUCAUUGCCACCACCCUUUGUUGGUGAGGAGUUUAAAGCUCCAGAAAAGACAAUGAAUGUGUAGUUUCUGUGAUGGUUUCUCAAAACGUUUUGUUAAAUUAAUAUGAUUGUAACUGUAAUGUAGAUGUCUGUUGUGUAGGGGAGAAUGUGUAUGUAAGUUGUAACCAAACAGACCCUUUUGAGUGGUGUCAGGAUGCCAUCCUGACAGCCAUUUGUAUACUGUGAACAUUUAGGGUACCUUGGUGGCAGUAGUAGCCGCAGCAGCAGCAAUUUCUCUUGGUCCCAAGUAGUAUCCCUCAAUUUGAAGGGUCUUCCUCCUUAUUUCCUGUUGAAAUUUCCUGUUGAGAGAACUCCCUAGGGAUUUUUGUUGUUGUUGUCUGUUUGGGUUUUAAAGAAAACAAAAUGCAAAGCUAACGAGAUCCUGGGCUGAAUAGUUUCCUGAGACUGAAGGUUGAUGGGCACUUGGGGUUGCUCAGCUGGCCUCCCUAGACGAUGAUACAGCGUGGGUGCAGACCAGCCUGAGUGAAGGGACCUGCAGAUUUGCCAGAAGCCCUGGGCAUCGUCUGCUUCUUGUGAACUGGGGGCUGCAGCUGACCAGCCUUGGUCCAGAAGUGCCCUAGGACCACACACUUCAGUGUGGAAGAGGAGGAAGAUUGGUGGCCUCAGAGUGAGACUCCCUGGGCUGCAGGCCUUGCUCGGGGUUAAUGGAGUCGGAGCCUAUCAAAACUUCAAGUCGCUUUCCAUUUGUAACUUUUGAAUUACCAAGUCAUACGUAAGAUAACGUACUCUGACAAAUCCCAUUGUGGAUGUAAGUUAAUUAGAGAAACCUGUAUAAUCCUUAACAUUGGCAAUAAACACAGGCUGUUAAAGCUUGAAAGUGUCGGGUAGGUUUAAGCUCGGAUAAUCAAACUAAAGAAACAGCCUGCAUGAAAGGCUACAGCGAGCCAAAGCCUUACCGUGGUAACUCCUCUGCAGCUGAUGGUUACAACAGGUAUGCAGCUGGCUCAGUGCGUGGCCUUUCCCCUUCCCACUCGUCCUGCCAGAUGAGACUUUUACUGGUGCUGCUGCUGCUUCAGUGAACAGGUAGUCAUCAAACCCCUCAGUGAAGGGCACAAUUUCGAGAGAAUUAUUUUGUGUGAAUUCCUUGCCAGUGUUUGCAAGAAUCUCAAGGUUUGUACUGAAGUUCUCAGUAAUGCUAAUGCAAAGCUUACCUUUGACGAUAUUGAAUGUGAUAUAUCUAUAGAGAACGUCCUUGCCUUACGUAAGGAUAGUAAACUUAUUUAAAUUAUGUAGACAAAUCAAAGUGGCAUGCUUAACCUUCUAGCCGGUGUAAAAACCAGGUUAAACAGCAAAGAUGCAAAACUUAGGUCACUUUGAAAAUUUAAACCAAAGUUCCUUAUAGAAAUAGGCAACUGUGGAUUUGAAAACUGGUCAUUCCCUGUUUAUAUGUAAGAAGUUCAGAGCUGAGAUAAGGAAAUGUUUUCAACACGUGGAUUUGUAUUGGUGCUGUUUGAAAUCACUGCGCGCACCAAAGUCAGACUGAACUGCUAAGAGCACAUACCAAACCCUAUCUUAUUGUUGAAAGCUUAAGGUUUUAUUUUUAUAUAUUAGAAUGUUAUCACUGUUACAUAACAUACUCAGGACAAAGAACUUUGCUCAGGGAAUAUACCAUGUAAUGUUUUUUCUUUACAGAAUAGUCUACAGACCUGCUUACUCAGAACAAACCAAAUAGUCUUAGACCUUUUUGUCUCUGUAUAAGUAUUAUGUACUGAUAUUAGUAACUACCUCUGAGUUGACAUAGACCUACGUUUCUGAUAAUCAGAUCUCAGCGUUUUGUAUUAUAAGUUCCUGUGAAAUGAUGAAGUGGUAUUAUGUACUGGUUGCUUAUGUGAGCAUUUGUGUCUUUACAUUCACAGGGUCUGAGUUUUCAGAGAUGCUGGGCAACCACAGCUCCCACUGACUUCCAGUCGGAGUUAGUGGUGCUUGGCUUUUCUAGGAGGGGAGGGAUGGGGGAUGGGGGUUGAGGGGGAAGAAUAAAAACACAAAAGCAUCAAGCCCACUUUGUUUACAUAGGUGACAAUAAAAUUAUUAUUCUGUUUACAGCAAAAGGCUACCUCAUAUCUACUGCAUGAACACACCUUUGUGCUGCUGUGGCCUUAAAGGUGGCUGUUGAUCUAUGGUACAUACUUUUUAUCUGUACUAAAUAUGUGACUGUUAGUUCACCACUGCAGAUAUUAUGGUAAAUACUUGUUUAAGAUGAAGCAUCCAUUUGAAAUUAUGAGACCUUUCCAAACAUUUCUUUGAAAGUUUUUAUUUUUCUGUCCAAAGGAUUAUGGGCAUUGUUCACGGGAAUAAAUACAGCUCCAGAAGAGACAAAACCUUACACGCCUAAGUUAAACAUAUAGCAGCAUAAGCUGCAGCAGGUAACUACUUAGCACUGGGCUGAAGUAGGAAAAAAAUCUAGUUAUACUCCUUCAGUUGGCUGCUCCAAAUAAGCAAAGAACCUUUUAAAGGAGGAGGCACAGACUGAGUUUGGGAUUCUUCCUUUAUGCCUAAGGACAAAAUUAAUAUUCGGCAGCAUUCGCUCAGGCUAGAUUUCCCCCUAUUCACCAGCCUGUCCUUGCCAGAGCGCUCCACAAUAAAACUCGUUUGAGUAGAAAGAGUUCAAAUAUCUGCUCAGACAGAUGUAUUUUUCUCCUAACAAUAGUAGAGAUAAGGUUAAACCUGAAGCAAGAAUCUCCCUCCCUCCCCUUCCUCUGCCCCAAAAUGCUCAAUAUGAUUUAAUUGUAAGGGACAUUGUGAGAUAUUUUUUACUCUUCCCCAAGGAGAGGUCACGAUAUUUAAUUACACGCUACAAAAGAUAGGCCAUGAGGAAGACUUGUAUUUGGAGGAAGAGCCAAAUAACGUUUUGCUGCAGUUAAUGGUGAAUCUGGCAUUGUAAUACCAUUUGCAGUAUUUUGCCUUUAGCCAGCUUUCAGGGAGUGCCAAACACCACAUUUGGAUCCUACCUCUUCCUGUUGCAGGCCACCUUUUUCAGCCAUUUUAUUCUGCACCAGUGUUAUCCUGGAGUUCCUGCUAACUUAGUUUUGUUAAUAGAACCCCAUUUAAAAAAAGUGCUUAUAGAUCUUGUACCAUUCUUUGUAAGAAGAAUUAUAAAAGAACAUGGGAAAUCGCAUGGAGUCUUAAAUUUAAUUUAAUUAAUUUAUCUGUAAGAAAUGUUUAUCAUUAAAAUAUAUAUGUAUUCCCCUGUGCUAGAUAUAAAAGUAAUUGGGAAGAUGUGUACAUGUGCAGAUGCACUGAUUUUAAUUUCCUAGAAGUCUUAAUGAGAUUUGAGUAUUGUUUUAGAAACAAGAAGAGCCUUGUUAAAUGCAUCGAUCUUAUUUUGCUUAGUUUUAUCAACAGCCUCUUUAAGAUCCAGUGGUUGUGUUACCCCUGUUACAACUGUUGACUGAUAACAAGAGGUUGAUCUAUGAACACACACUUCUUUCUUUUUUGUAUAAACCAGAGCUGUGUAUCAGCAGCUGUGGCAGUAUUUUUCUGAGAAUGUUGAAAGCAAGGUAUUUGCUACCAUUGUUGUUGAACCAAAUGUAUGAAUAUCUUUACAAAUGGCAAUGGUUUUGACUACCUCUUGGAUUACUAAGUUAAGCAACAACUGUCUGGCAAACAUCACCAGACUGGCUUUAACUAGUAUGUGUUGCUUGUGAUAAUAAUAACAAUAACCAUACUAGAGACCAAAGUGAACACUGAUUUCUAUAUGUCUUUAAUACUGUGUCUUAUCUAGUGUUUUUAAAUUAUCUUCUGUAGUAUAGAUUACCUCAUUGUCCAUUUUGACUUGUAUGUUGUUUACAAGGUGAAAUAAAAGAAAAAUCACUUGAAUUUUAUGUUGUAAGAAAAAAGCCUUGAGUUGAAGUUUUGAAGGUCAUUUCACCUGUUUACUGUCUUGAGGGACUAAAGCACUGAUUGCCUUUCUACAUAUCAUGUAUUUUAUACCCUCAUUUCAUGCCUAAUGUGGUUUUUUUUCCUGUCAGUCAUGGAUAUUGUGAGGUUUAAAAGAAUUACUUGAUUAAAAAUAAAACAUAUAACAUUGGCAUUUA